AUGCGCAUUCGUCGCCUUGGCUGGCCGAGGCUGGCCUCGUGGAGUUCUCGGUCUCGGUCUCGGUCCCGGAUCCACCGCACCUUCGCUGGAUUCGUCGAGCCGCCCACCAACUUCUACGCCCAGGCGGAGCGCCGCAACAAGCACAAGGCCAUAUCCAAGGCCGAGAGCGAUGUCGGCAACUUCCGCGCUGAGGACGGCAGCAAGAAGGAGAAGAUCAUUGUCAAGAACAGGAUGGCGGAGGCCAAGUUCCGGAAGCAGCGGAGCUGCGACUUGGCAGAGGGGACCACACGGGCGCGCGUCAACAAGACCCUCGACCUGCACAACAGCCAGUCCAAGACCAUCACCCACACCGCCCCUGGCGAGAUCGUCGCCGGCCUGUGUAACUCAGCAAAGCUGUCCAAGCUCGCCGACCCCGCCUCCCGACCGCGCCUCCCGACCGCGCCUCCCGCCUUGUAG